CGCACGGACGGGACCGUGCGAAACUCCAGUCGUUUUGUAUGCGAACCGCGAAGAAGCGACAAACUUAAUCCGAGAAGUUCCCGUUAUGGAUCUACGCUGACCAAGCGCUCGCGUUCACCCGAGGAAAUCCACGAUUCUGCAACAGUUCGGCGCCGAUGGUUACAUAAAUGCGGCGACGGAGAAAAAUGGAGCUUUGAGCGUUGUGCGUUACAGGACAGAGGAAUUAGUAUUUUGUCGGGCUAAUCACAAUCCAGAGGCGGCAGGCUUCUGCUGCGUUCACGUUAGCCGCCGUGUCGGGUCCCCCAGCGAGGGGAUAGCACAACUUCCACCCCACAGUGGAGAGCUUCUCCGGGGGACGAGUACCUCCAGCCUUGCGCGCCACUUGGCUCGCUGCUGUUACAGCUGCCCGGCGGUAAGGUGCAGCCACGCCGGGGGGAAAGCACUGCGCGACGGCCGCCACUCUCCGGCUAGCUCGCCUGCUGCUUCUGCUGGUCGGAUCGAGGCCUUGUCGGUGAGGCGACAAUGCUUGACAUAAUGUCCGAGCACCAAGAUUCACUGUUGACGUGCAAAACGGAACCUCUGCCCCCAGAGAGGAAAAAGAGGACGGUGGAGGACUUCAACAAGUUCUGCAGUUUUGUCCUGGCAUACGCUGGUUACAUCCCCAGUCAGAAAGAGGAGAGCUCAUGGUCCCCGACGUCGUCCAGCUCUGCGCACAGCUCAGGGCUGUCGGCGGACGGAGGCGGCGGAGGCAGCAGCAGCUCCAUGGGCAACGCCUGGGCGGACGGAAGCUCCGACAUCCACACCAUCCACACGUUUGUUCGAAAAGCCCGGGCCAACAAGGGCAAAAAUAUCCGCCGCAUGCACUCUGAGAACACUCUGCUGGACAAGAUGCGCCUUAAAGACUCCCUGUACGACAGCCAGGCCAGCACGAAGGCAGAGCGCAAGAAGGACAAAAAGCUAAAAAAGCUGUCGCUGGGUUCUCCCAUGACGGCGGCAGACAGUGGCAGUAGCGAGGGCGAGAAAAGAGCCCGCAUCAAGCGCAGCAAAAACUCAAAACAGCCGAAGGCCAAGAAGCUCAAGAGUUCCGCCGCUCAAAGUGAGACAGACUCCGAGGCGAGGCAUACGCAUUCAGAGGUACGACCAAUCAGAGACGAGCUGGCCAUGCAUGGGGGCUCCACGCCGACCAUGCAGGGCCUGGGGAAGAUGCAGCCGGACGAGUCCCUCAGGGAAGCGGAGAUGAGCUCCAGUGAGGGUGAGACUUGGAUCGCCGACGAAGACAUUAUGGUCGAGUCAGGGGACGAUUCAUGGGACUUGAUCACCUGUUACUGCGGGAAGCCGUUCGCCGGGCGGCCAAUGAUCGAGUGCAACCAGUGUGGCAUAUGGGUCCACUUGUCGUGUGCGAAGAUCAAGAAGUCCAACGUUCCUGACAUCUUUUACUGCCACAAGUGCAGGGACACGCGGCGGUCCGGACACAAAAAAGACACUUAGUGAUGAAGAGGAUGGGAGGGACGAAGAGCACCGACUCUGUCUUUUGCUGUCCUCUUGACACUUAUUUUCUUUGAUGCCUGCAGCCAAAACAGCCUAAAUUAUCACCUGGAUGGCAACCGUAUUGUCAGUUUGUAGAAUUUCUUUUGACAAUCACAACCAUUCUUAUUUAUCCCUCACCGUUUCCUCUUUUCCUGUUUUUUUCCCCCCCCUUUGGUUACUGUGAAGACCUGACCAGAAGGCAACAGAUACAGUGGAGAAUCAUUUUUUUGUUUUGUUACUUAAUAAUCUGUACAUUAAUUGGCUUUAUUGUCAUACACUGCUGGUGUUGUGCACAAUAUCUCGUUCGCACUCAUAUUCACUGAAGGUGCAUUUUGACUUUGAGGAUGUCGACAAAUCGGCGAAAUUUUCCUUUACCGUCCUCGAGGAGUUUCAGUUUGAAAGCCUUCUUUGCUCGGGGCUUUAAACCCGCGAAAACUUUACACAUUGAACAAAUGUAUAGCUGAAGCGAUGCAAAACGUUGAGAAGUACGUCAUGAUGCUAGACGGGCAGCUCCUUUUUAUUUUCCAUCGUAUUUCGGGCAAUUUACUUUUUGAGUUUUUUGGUCAUCGGCAGAUAAAAUGGAGAGAUGUCACUCCAGAGUCCUUGAAUUUAGGGAUUCAGCUAACUUUAAUUAUUUUUGCUUCUAAAUUGAUCAAUUUCAAAUUGCACACAGACAAUUCUUUCAGCAGUGCACUUUUUAAAAGAUAUAAACCCAAAUACCAUUUCCACUGCAUAUAUGGAUGUUACUGCGGCUGUGACGAGCUACAGUUGAUUAAAUCUGUACUUAGCAUGUAGCUGUGUACAUUCAUGUUUUAGCGCUUAAUGUUUCUCCCUGUCUGUUCUUGUUAAUCAAUCAUUGAUAGCCAAUCACCAUGAACAACAUUUGCAUUGAAAGCUGUUAAAUUUUGAUGUUUCUGUUCUAUGUGUGGUUAUUGUUUUAUUUUAUUUUUCUUGUUUAAAAGCUCAUCGUCUCUGACUUUGGGGGGGGGGGCAACGCUGUUGUACGACAAAUGGUUUGGCGGUGCUUUAGAAUGUCAAAGUGGCCCCGAGGCUCGUUUAUGAAUGGUUGUAAAAAAUAUUUGGUUUUCUAUUUCAUAUAAUUGUUUAUUUCUUAGAUUUCUGACAAGCGGGGGGGGGGUUUUAGAGACGCACCCCCGCAUCAGAGAAUGGACAUACGAUUGUCUCACAUCGAGAACAGAGUUGUAGUGUACAGAAAAAGAGUUGAGGCCGCGUAGGUUGUGGCGUUUGUUUAUGUUGUUUGGUUUUUACCAUGUGCUUUUUCUUUUCGUUCGUGGGAGAGUCGUGGUAAGUCUCCAGUAGCAGUUGCACUCUCUUUACAACUUAAAAAUUCUGUGUACAUAUCCUGUUCUUUGACAACUGUACAUAUGUGAAAGUGAAGAGAGAAAAAUACCCAAGCAAAAUCUAUAUUUUCUGCAGUCUGAUGUUUUCUUUGAUUGUAGCUUGAAAAAUUAAAAGUCUUUGGGAACAUAAA